AAGCUCCACGAGCGCCGCUGCCAGCCUCUGCCAGCUGCCCCCGGGCUUUAAGUUUCGGGCCUGAAGCCUAAAUCCCGGCCCCCCAGCCGCCACCGUUGCUGCCGGCAUCUCGUCCGGUUGCAGCAGGCCACAUGGAGCCACGGAGCGUGGACCUGAGGGUGCAGCGUCUGGCGGCUGAAGUCGCCGAGAGUCUGGAGCAGGACGUCCCGGCAGCGCUGUUGAAGUUGGAAGCGAUCCUGCACGAUGCCCCAUCGGGAAGUGCCCAGCUGCGGGCCCUCCAGCGGGACAUCCAUGACUACGAUCUCAUCGCGUUCUGCAUUCUGGUCCUGCGGCGGGACUACUCGGGCGGCCCCGGCGGCUGGACCACGCCCACGCGCCUCGCCCGCAUCUUGAGUCACUGCUGUGUGGGGCUGGAGCCAGAAGAAAGGGCAGAGGAAUUUUACCAUCAAUCCCUUCCCUCGGCCGUAGACAACUGCCUGCUUUUGGGAAGACGGCUCCAGGCGCGCUAUAUCCGGUCCGUUAAGGAGGAAGAGAGAGCUGAAUAUCUGCGCUGUUUCCUGACUGUGAUGGACUCUCUCUGCUGGCUGCUGGGAGGGCACCGGGAGCUCAGCAAGUUUGUUCUGCGGAGUGACCAUUUCCUCCAGCUGCUGCUGACCGAUGAUGUGGAGACGGGGGUGGCCGUGGUGACCAUGCUGCAGAGUGUCCUCCAAGCCAGCAGCAGGGAGGAGCUCCUCGGAACCGAAGAGGAAAUCUUUGACCCGAUCUCGGACGAGCUGGUCUUCAAGCUGUCGUCAUCCAGCCACCCGGCGGUGGGCCGCGUCUGCACGCGAGCCCUCCUGUCUGUGGCCCAGUCUCGGGCCGCAGGUGGGCCCACGCUGGCUGCCCGCUACAAAGGAUUGCACAGCAUGCUGAGGGAGCAGUGGACCGGAAAAGGGUUUGGCCCAGAACUUGGCCGCCUCCUGGCAUUGUUGGCCCGCUUCCCAGACUGCCUGGCAACAGACACACAGAGACGACAGCAUGCGGCAUGUGCCAUCCAGGCUGCUUGGCGGGGCUUCCGCACCCGCCAGAGGCUGAGCAAACUUCCCCGGGCAGUGACGGCGCUGCAGCGAAGCUUCAGAGCGAAGCGGGCACAAGAGCAGCGGUGCCGGAGCCGCUGCAGGGAAGGCGAGGCCCUCAGGGCGCAGCUGCAGCUGCAGAGGCAGCGUGCCCGGAGACGGUUCCUGGAGCGUCAGCUCAUCUUACUGGAGGCCAUCCCCCCAGGUCAGGUGGGGAAGCAUCAGCAGGAAGUGGAGGAGCGAUGCGCCCUGACCAUCCAGAGGCACUGGCGGGGCCACCGAGCCAGGAGGGACUUCCACCGCCACAAGCAGAGUCUCCGGGAGCACAAGGCCGCCGUCACCCUCCAGAGGACCGUGCUUCGGUUCCUUGCCCGGCGGCGGCAGGAGAGGAUGGAAUUGGCUGGCUGGCAGAGCUGGGGGCGGGGGCCCGGGCUCUCGGACUCACGCAGGCUGCAGCUGAAGCAGCGAGUGGAGGAGCACCUCAGUCUGCACCCGGCUCGGCUCAGGACCGACGCGGCCAGCCGCGAGCUUCACGUCCAGGCCCAGGAGAGGCUGGGCCGUCACUUGGUGACCCGCGGCCUGAGCCGCCGGGCAGAGCAGCGCAGAGAAGCCUGGAUGGCUCAGAUCAGCACCGAUAUCGACCAGCUGAUGCGUGCUCCGGGGCUCCAGGAGGCCACAGGAGUCGGCUCGCAGGCCUUCGUGAGCCGGUCCCGGCCAGUGGCCACCCAAGCCCGGCAGGCCCACCUGUCCGCCCUACGCCGCUCCCGCCAGCCGUGGUGGGCGGAGCUCAGGGAGGAGCCCCAGGAGGGGCUGGGGGCCAUGGAGGUGGCAGCGGCAGCUGGAUUGGACUCCCUCUUUGUGGCCGGCACCAAGUCUCCUUAGCAGUGGAUACGGCAGGGGGACCGGAAGUCUGUCCCGCCCUCUCAGCCUCCUCUGUGGGCUCCUGCGCCCUCGGCACGCCCACCC